GACGUCAGCCUGGGGCCGUUCUCGGUGUAGUUACUUACGAUAUUACUAUGUGUGUUAUAAUAGCGCAAUGUUGGACAUCGGCGGGCAGAGGGAGAAGAGGGGAGGAAAAGCCUGUUUACACAGACGGCAAAGCGCCUAGGGAAUAAUGCACGAGAGGAAGUGAGCCGGCUCUGUCUGCCUGCUCCAACUUCCUGCUCAGAAGAAGAAGAAGAAGAAAAAAAUCAGGAUCCCAUUACAGUUCAACAGAGCAGUUUAGACGACAGUAAGCAUGGAAAAUCAGAGGAUUUUAAUAAAUUGUUAUUAAAAGUAAACGGAAGAAAAUCACACACUAGACGUCUGGGUAUGGAGAGUGCCAUCACACUGUGGCAGUUCCUGCUGCAGCUACUGUUGGACCAGAACCACAAGCACUUGAUCUGCUGGACCUCCAAUGAUGGGGAGUUCAAGCUGCUCAAGUCGGAGGAGGUGGCCAAGCUGUGGGGCCUACGCAAGAACAAGACCAACAUGAACUACGACAAACUCAGCAGGGCCCUGCGCUACUACUACGACAAGAACAUCAUCAAGAAGGUGAUUGGCCAGAAGUUUGUGUACAAGUUCGUGUCAUUCCCGGACAUACUAAAGAUGGACCCCCAGGCCGUGGAGAUGGGGCGGGACGGGGGCGGGGCCAUGCUCCAGGAGGCGGAGUCGCUGGGUCCCGACGGCGAGGAGGAGGACCCCUCCAAACUGCCGCUGUCGGCCCUCCGCUCCCCCGCCUGCCGCAACGACUACAUCCACUCGGGCCUGUACUCCUCCUUCACCGUCAGCUCGCUGCGGAACCAGCAGCACCUGCUGCGCGCCAUCAAGGUGGAGAAGCAGCGGACGGAGCGCGAGGACGAGGCGCGGACCGUCAUCCGCUUCGUGGCCAACCGGUCGGAGAAGAAGGGCGGGGCGCUGCCGGUGGUGUCCCUCCCGUCCUCCCCCCCGGCCUCGUCCUCGUCCUCGGCCGAGGUCUUCUUCGCCUCCUCCAGGCCGUCCCCGUCCCGCCGGCCCUCCGCCUCCUGCACCCCCUCCCCCUCCCCCUCCGGCAGCCCGGCGUUCGCCGUGGGCCGCGGGCGGAGCCCCGGGGCGGAGGAGGACGACCCGGAGCCGUGCGCUCAGCCGCUGAACCUGUCGGCGGGCCACAGGGAGCGCCUCUCGAACCCGCCCGAGAAGAGGGGCGCCGGCGGCGGGCCCCCCGCCAAAACCAGGAAGCCGAAGGGCCUGGAGAUCUCCGCCCCGUCCCUGCUGCUGUCCGCCAGCGACAUCGGCUCCAUCGCGCUCAACAGCCCCGCGCUGCCCUCAGGGUCCCUGACCCCCGCCUUCUUCACUGCACAGGUGAGUCUCAGCCCCGCCUUCCUCACUGCACAGGUGAGUCUCAGCCCCGCCUUCUUCACUGCACAGGUGAGUCUCAGCCCCGCCUUCUUCACUGCACAGGUGAGUCUCAGCCCCGCCUUCUUCACUGCACAGACUCCCUCCGGGCUGUUGCUGACCCCCAGUCCCCUGCUCUCCGGCAUUCACUUUUGGAGCAGCUUGAGUCCCGUCGCCCCCCUGAGUCCCGCCCGGCUGCAGGGACACAGUUCCCUAUUCCAGUUUCCCACCUUACUGAACGGACACAUCCCCGUCCCCAUCCCGAACCUGGACGGGUCCUCCUCGCCCCUCCUGCUGUCCUCCAGCGCGCAGAAGUCCUGAUUCUGGUCUCUGAGACCCAGCAGGGAGGCCCGACCCUCCAUCUUUCGAGAAGACGACGUCGGCCCCAAAUGUUUUCAACACCCCUCCUCCACACCACCACCACCACCAUCAAUGUUAUCAACAGGGACAGUGUCAGCCUUUUUUUUUUUCCCCCACUGCAUAUCACAAAUCCACCCUCAACGUCCAGCGUUGCAAAGCUGGAGCGAGACAUACAGGUUGUACAUAGAGUAAUUGAGGUCUUUUUUUUGUUUCCUGUAGACUUUUCAGCAAUGUUACUCAUCUCAAUGUCCCCGCCCCCCACAAACACACAUUCGAGUCGAGUGUUAAACACUCCCCGUGUUCUUCGUAGGGUUCUCUGGCCUCGAGGUCCAUCUAAGUGUGGCUUAAUGUGACACCACACACAGGCCUCUUGUCCCGACACUGCAGUAGACGAUAGUAUUCAUCCCGUCUCCUGCCCUUUGGGCACAGAUGCAGCCAUCUUUGUCGUCACCAUGUUGUAGCAAAGGCUGUGUGCCCUGCGGUCACAUGCCACGGACCUUUGAACCUACUACAAUUUGAACAUGAAAAAACUACGGAAUCCCAUCCAAAUGUUACAUGGUUUCAGGACUUAAGUGUCAAACGUUAAGUAUUUUAGGCAUCGUUUUCUCACCAGGAUACCAACAUUCUUCUCUUUUCAGUUUUGACCUCUUUUUAAGGUUUCACCAAAUGUGACACAUUGUGGCCAGAGAACCCACAGUGAACUAGGGGUCAGUUAUUUCUUCUCAUUUCAUAUUUUGAAUUCAUUUUUUAUUUUUUUAAAUAACUCCAUCAGAGGCUGUGAAUCUGGUUGUUCUUAGUGUUGUGUAUUGUAUUGUAUUAUAUUGUAUUGUAUGCACUGUGCUUUACCCUUAGUACCGGCUGUGCCUUCUCAAAUGUAAGAAUUAUGUAUUAUUUUCCAGCUUUAAGAAGAAAAAAAAAAACAAACCCAUCUUUUAAGGACGAAAUUCCAAUAUAAUAUUGAAAAAAAAGCUUAUAAUAGCUUUUUAAUUAUUUUUUCAUAAAGGAAUUGAACAAAUGUAUUCUCAUAUUAAUUUUAUAUUUGUACUUUUUAAGAGUCUAGAAAAUAUGCCUAAUGUGGUUUUAAAUAAACUUGAAGCAUUGAAUGCUGCAUAAUA